AAGACUGCGCGUAUUCCGACACACAUGCUUGCAACAUUCGUGGACAUGACUGUUGCAACGACAAACCGUUGUGCAACACUGCUCCAACGUUGCCACCGUCGUCGUCGGAACCCAAUGGUCCAAAACCAUGUAAUAAACCAAGCGAUCCAAGUAAAGCUAGUGACAACACCUUCAUCCUGUUGGCCGCUAUCAUCCCCGUCAGUGUCGUCUGCCUGUGUGUUGUGAGUUUCGUUUAUCUCGUCGCAAAAAUUCGGGAACGUAGAAUAACACGACAGCUGGACGUGCCCCAUCCUCAUGCAAACGGAGACGCUAACGGCAGAACAGCAGAAAACGGCCGAGUAAUGGCAUCACUAACCGACCUCAUGAGCAUCACAUGCUCAGGCAGUGGAUCAGGACUACCGCUUCUAGAACCAAGAACGAUAGCACGACAAAUUAAGCUCGAGCAGCGCAUCGGAGCUGGACGGUUCGGUGAAGUGUGGCUAGGGACGUGGCGGGGAGAGAACAUCGCUGUGAAAAUCUUAUCAUCCCGCGAUGAGCAGUCGUGGUUUCGAGAGGCAGAGAUGUAUCAAACCGUGAUGCUGCGACAUGCUAAUAUCCUCGGCUUCAUUGCCGUCGACAAUCGAGACAACGGAACUUGGACUCAACUGUGGAUGGUAAUGGAUUAUCAUCCGAAUGGCUCUCUCUAUGAUUUCCUCUGCGAUCGAUCGAUUUCUCUCCGAGAAAUGUAUAGAUUCUGUGUGUCCAUAGCAAACGGUUUGUCUCACUUGCAUAUGGAGAUCAUGGGGUCAAAGACGCAACCGGGAAUCGCAAAGAAGCCGGCAAUUGCUCACAGAGACAUCAAGAGUAAGAAUAUUUUGGUGAAGAAUGAUGGCGAGUGUUGUCUGGCUGAUUUGGGGUUGGCUGUUCGGCGUGAUCUCUUGCACGAGUCGAGUGAGUACAUGUUGAAUCUUGUGAAGCAGGGAACGAAGAGGUACAUGGCACCGGAGGUUCUCGAUGAUUCUAUCAAUUACUCUCUGUUUGAGUCGUUCAAACCAGGUGAUGUUUAUUCGAUGGGACUCGUGUUUUGGGAGAUUACGAGGUGUACUGAGGCGACGGACGUGAUGUCGGACUCGUACCAUUUGCCGUACUUUGAUGUCGUCCAGUCUGAUCCUUCGAUCGAGGAAAUGAAGAAGGUUGUUUGUAUUGAAGCCAGACGACCUUCGCUGCCAGACAAAUGGUACAAUAACGAGUGUUUUCACAUUAUGGUGAAAGUCAUGCAAGAAUGUUGGUACGUAAACAGUCAAGCCCGACUUACCGCUUUGCGAGUCAAAAAAAAACUGCAAUCCAUGGAAGAGUGGUUGAAGCUCUAAACCCUUCACACCAACAAAAGACAGACACUAAGUUAGCUACCAGUUGUACCAUAUCAGUUAGGGAUCGGAUUUUUAUUUUAGCGUGUAAAUGCAGUUUUAGCCC